UUGGAAGCAGCCCGGCCAUCGAAACGGAAGAGGGUCCAAACGGACCCAAAUACCCUGUUUGUUUCAAUUGAACAGAUCCACAGGACCCAGAUUGAAGCCGGUCGCAUCGAGGAUACAAUGGCUGAAGAGAGCGGGUCCGAAAGUGGUGGUUCAGAGGCUUCUUGUAUUGUAGUGGGUUGA